AUGAGACUUGUCAUCUUCUAUGUUUUGGAGGCGCCAGAGAAGGUACCUCGAGCUGACCAGAGCUCGUUCAGUUACGCCAAACUAGUCCACCGUGCCGAUCUCCAGGAUGCUAUAGAGAAUACCAAUGAACAAGUGUUGAUGGUGAUUGAAAACAAUCCGCUAAGAGAACAUAGGAAAUCGAUAAAGGAGGCUACCGAGAGUCUUGAUUGUAUUGUAGCGGUUGCGGUACAACAAACAGAUCCGAUUGACAACUUCACUGAUGAAGAUGAUAUGCAAAGUUAUGUCCAAAUAGAUCUAGAAAGCCAGGAAGCUUUUGAGUCGUUUAACGAGGAAUGUGAAUCAGAUAAAGGGUUUUAUGUUUUAGAAAAGAUGGAUGUUUGCAAGAGCUACUCCAAAGCUAAUCAAGCCAGUAUGGUGAUUGACCUUGUGAAUAUCUGUACGGGAAAACCCUUCUUCAAGGAAGACUACUACGGAUGUGCUUAG